UACGUUUGGGAACACUAUAUACUGUUGUGCAUGGCAGCUGCCUGUGUUCAGCCGAUUUUCAGUAUAAAAGUAUCAUUCGAACGGUUUGAGCAGUAUUUUGGCGAUGAGUAUAUGCAUUUCGAUCUUCGCGUUCGCAAGUACAAUCGUACUGAAAUGACACUCAACGGGACGAUCUUUGUGAACCAACCGGUGGAUGAUGCGAUGGUGCUAUCAACUGACGUGUUUCUCAGUCGUCUCGGAAAUCAACAGUUUCAACACUAUCCUCAACAUCUGCCCACGAGUGGGCUCUGUGAAUUUUUUGACCAUUUGCAUGAGGAGUACCCUUCGAUAAUUGCAGAUAUUGAAAACGCUCCAAAUUUCAACGAAUGCCCAAUAACUCCGCGAGGUAUGCACAUCCCGGACAAAUUAUUCCCCGCCGAGGUACUGCCCGAAUCGCUGUCGAACGGUUUGUGGAAGAUGGUCAUCUCCGGUAUAUUGGACGAAAAGACAGUGUUACGAUACAUGAUUAGCAUACGCCUAUCGGACGACUACAUGAGCAUUUAA